GAAGGUGUCAAAUCCGUAUGCACGCUCAAAACAGAUGCUUCAUUACAGUUCACAAAGUGGGAUAUCGGAUACAACAUGGGACUGUGGAACGCUCUGCUGCUGAUGGUUAUAGUGUGUGUAUUUCCAAACGAAGGAGCCCGGUGCCAACUAGGCUUUGUGCCACACAAGCAUUCCUGCUACUGGUUCUCAAAUGAGAAAGGAUCCUUUGCAGAGGCUACUGCUGUUUGCCGCUACUUAAAGAGUCGCCUGGCUGAGAUAAAUAACCGAGAUGAGGAUGAAUUCGUCACAGGUCACAUCAAGCGUCAUGGGAAGUCACCUUACUACCUUCUGGGGGGUACCGAUCUGCGACUGGAAGGACGGUUUACUUGGGAGGGCCAAGUGACCCCUAUGGUCUACCAGAACUGGUACCCUGGGCAGCCAUCCAACUGGGGCGGCCAAGAGAACUGUAUGGGCAUAGACAAAACUAUGGCCUACAAAUGGAAUGAUUGGCCAUGUAAGGACAGUCAUAACUUUGUCUGUGAAAAUUAGGGACAGCUACUGUACACGUGCGUAAUAAAUGAUACAGGUCCAAAUCAG